AUGGCAGCCACGCUGGACCUGAACGCCGUGGAUGUGCCCCAACUUGAGGCCCUCGUGGCACAGUUUUACGGUGCAGGGACACAGGACCAGCGCGCGAGCGCUGAGAAGGCUCUGAAGGCAUACCAGGACCACCCCGAUGCAUGGAGUCGCGUGGACAGCAUUCUGGAGAAGGCGCAGACGCAGCAGACCAAGUUCUUUGCAUUGCAGAUCUUGGAGUCCGUCAUCAAGUUCCGCUGGGGCGCGCUGCCAGUGGAGCAGCGCGAGGGCGUGAAGAACUACGUGAGCAACCUCAUCAUAAAGUACGCCACCAAUGAGCAGCUCUUCAGGGCGGAGUCUGUGUUCAUGGGCAAGCUCAACAUGGUGCUGGUCCAGAUCCUCAAGCAGGACUGGCCGGACAGGUGCGGCGGCCUGCGCCCGUGCCCGCGCCCACGCCUGGCCGCUGACGCCCUUCCCGCGGAGUGCCCAGCCCAGCGGCCGGCGCGCGUCCGCAUUUGCGACAAGACGCGCCACCUGAAGCACACGCUCAACGCGCAGUUCCGCAUGAUCCACGAGCUCUGCACUUUCGUGCUGCUCAACACGCGCAAGGAGUCGCUCGUGCGCGCGACGCUCACGGCGCUGCACGCCUACCUGUCCUGGGUGCCGGUCGGGUGA